GACCGCCUAAGGACAGCCGGCCAGGGCAGCGAAAGCGCCGGCACUAUGGCGCGGGUGGCGUGAGGCGGAAGGCCGAGUGCGGCCGGCGGCGGCGGCGCCCGCCCCAGCGAUGCGGGCCCCGCCCGUCGCCUCAGGUGCCAUUUGGACAGUCCUUUAGCGGCACGAUGUACUCUGAGUGGAGGUCACUGCAUUUGGUGAUUCAGAAUGAUCAGGGCCACACCAGUGUGCUGCACAGCUAUCCGGAGAGCGUUGGGCGAGAGGUGGCAAAUGCGGUGGUCCAUCCUCUUGGGCAGGCCUUAGGUACCCCUUCAGUGGCUGGUAGUGAGAGCUUGUUAAAAACUGACAAAGAAGUGAAAUGGACCAUGGAAGUAAUUUGCUAUGGAUUGACCCUUCCCUUGGAUGGAGAGACUGUAAAAUAUUGUGUUGAUGUAUAUACAGACUGGAUUAUGGCUUUAGUGUUGCCGAAAGAUUCUAUCCCAUUGCCAGUUAUUAAAGAGCCUAACCUAUAUGUUCAAAGUAUACUAAAACACCUGCAAAAUCUUUUUGUACCAAGACAGGAACAGGGCUCCAGUCAGAUCCGACUAUGCUUACAGGUCCUGAGAGCCAUUCAGAAACUGGCCCGUGAGUCAUCCAUCAUGGCACGAGAAACGUGGGAAGUCUUACUGUUGUUUCUUCUGCAGAUUAAUGACAUUCUUCUAGCCCCGCCAACUGUUCAAGGUGGCAUUGCUGAGAAUCUAGCAGAGAAGUUGAUUGGUGUUCUCUUUGAGGUUUGGUUACUAGCUUGUACUCGGUGCUUCCCAACACCUCCUUAUUGGAAAACAGCCAAGGAGAUGGUGGCAAACUGGAGGCACCACCCAGCAGUGGUGGAGCAGUGGAGCAAGGUCACCUGUGCACUCACAUCAAGAUUGCUACGCUUUACGUAUGGUCCUUCAUUUCCUCCAUUUAAAGUUCCUGACGAAGAUGCCAGUCUGAUCCCUCCUGAAAUGGAUAACGAGUGUGUAGCACAGACGUGGUUUCGCUUCUUACAUAUGUUAAGUAAUCCCGUGGAUUUGAGUAACCCGGCCAUUAUAAGCUCUACUCCCAAAUUUCAGGAACAGUUCUUAAAUGUGAGCGGAAUGCCACAAGAAUUGAAUCAGUAUCCCUGCCUUAAACAUCUGCCUCAAAUAUUUUUUCGUGCCAUGCGUGGAAUCAGCUGUCUGGUGGAUGCAUUCUUAGGCAUUUCUAGACCCCGAUCGGACAGUGCUCCUCCAACACCCGUGAAUAGACUAAGUAUGCCUCAAAGCACUGCUGUCAAUACCACCCCACCACAUAACCGGAGGCACCGGGCUGUUACUGUGAAUAAGGCCACCAUGAAGACAAGCACAGUUAGUACUGCUCAUGCCUCGAAAGUUCAGCACCAGACAUCCUCCACUUCUCCUCUGUCAAGUCCCAAUCAGACAAGUUCUGAACCCCGGCCACUGCCUGCCCCUCGGAGACCAAAGGUUAACAGCAUCUUGAAUCUCUUUGGAUCAUGGUUAUUUGAUGCAGCGUUUGUUCACUGUAAACUUCAUAAUGGGAUAAACAGAGACAGCAGCAUGACUGCAUCUUUUAUCCAAAUUCUUCUUUCUUAUAAAUCUUCCAUUACAACACAAGCUAGCAUGGAGUUUCGACGGAAAGGGUCACAAAUGUCCACAGACACCAUGGUUUCCAAUCCUAUGUUUGAUGCAAGUGAAUUUCCCGAUAACUAUGAAGCAGGAAGAGCUGAGGCUUGUGGGACACUGUGUAGGAUUUUUUGUAGCAAGAAGACUGGAGAAGAGAUUCUGCCAGCUUAUUUAUCCAGAUUUUACAUGCUUUUAAUUCAAGGUUUGCAGAUAAAUGAUUAUGUGUGCCAUCCUGUCUUGGCCAGCGUUAUUCUAAACUCCCCUCCUUUGUUCUGCUGUGACUUGAAAGGGAUUGAUGUUGUGGUUCCUUACUUUAUUUCAGCUCUUGAAACCAUUUUGCCUGACAGAGAACUCUCAAAAUUCAAAAGCUAUGUAAAUCCAACAGAAUUGAGAAGAUCUUCCAUUAAUAUCCUACUUUCUUUGUUGCCCCUCCCUCAUCAUUUUGGCACAGUCAAAUCUGAGGUGGUCCUGGAAGGAAAGUUUAGUAACGAUGACAGCUCUUCAUAUGAUAAACCGAUCACUUUUUUGUCCCUGAAGUUGAGACUUGUGAAUAUACUAAUAGGUGCCUUGCAAACGGAGACGGACCCCAACAACACUCAAAUGAUACUAGGGGCAAUGUUAAAUAUUGUUCAAGAUUCAGCACUUUUAGAAGCCAUUGGUUGCCAAAUGGAGAUGGGUGGUGGAGAAAAUCACCUGAAGAGUCAUAGUCGCACUAAUAGUGGUAUUAGUUCAGCAAGUGGUGGAAGCACAGAGCCCACAACUCCUGACAGUGAAAGACCUGCUCAGGCCCUCCUAAGGGAUUAUGGUAAGCCAUCUCUUAAUACAGAUUCAGCUGCUGGGCUCCUGAUCCGCAGCAUUCAUCUCGUCACCCAAAGACUCAACUCCCAGUGGCGGCAAGACAUGAGCAUAUCACUGGCAGCUCUAGAGCUCCUCUCUGGCCUGGCAAAGGUGAAGGUGAUGGUGGACUCUGGAGACCGGAAGCGAGCCAUCAGCUCCGUGUGCAGCUACAUUGUGUACCAGUGUAGUCGGCCAGCUCCUCUUCACUCCCGGGAUCUGCACUCCAUGAUAGUAGCGGCUUUUCAGUGUCUCUGUGUCUGGCUGACAGAGCACCCUGAUAUGCUUGAUGAAAAGGAUUGUCUUAAGGAAGUAUUGGAGAUUGUGGAACUGGGAAUUUCAGGAAGUAAGUCCAAGAACAGUGAGCAAGAGGUCAAGUACAAAGGAGAUAAGGAGCCAAACCCCGCAUCUAUGAGGGUAAAGGAUGCUGCGGAAGCCACCCUAACAUGUAUUAUGCAGUUGCUCGGCGCAUUUCCUUCACCCAGUGGUCCCGCUUCUCCUUGUAGUCUGGUGAAUGAGACCACUUUGAUCAAGUACUCCAGGCUGCCAACCAUAAAUAAACAUAGUUUCCGGUACUUUGUCUUGGAUAAUAGUGUCAUCCUGGCAAUGCUGGAGCAACCUCUUGGAAAUGAACAGAAUGAUUUUUUCCCCUCUGUCACUGUGCUGGUCCGGGGAAUGUCUGGAAGACUUGCUUGGGCACAACAACUUUGCCUUUUACCCAGAGGAGCAAAAGCAAAUCAGAAGCUUUUUGUACCUGAACCUCGUCCAAUUCCUAAAAAUGAUGUUGGAUUUAAAUAUACCGUCAAACAUCGACCAUUUCCUGAAGAGGUGGAUAAGAUUCCUUUUGUGAAAGCAGAUCUGAGCAUUCCAGAUUUGCAUGAAAUUGUCACUGAAGAAUUAGAAGAGAGACAUGAAAAAUUAAGGAAUGGCAUGGCUCAGCAGAUUGCUUACGAAACGCACCUUGAACAGCAAAGUGAGGAAGAAUUGCAGAAGAGAAGUUUCCCUGAUCCCAUUACAGAUUGUAAGCCUCCACCUCCUGCCCAGGAAUUCCAAACGGCACGCCUCUUCCUUUCACACUUUGGAUUUUUGUCCUUAGAAGCAUUGAAGGAACCUGCAAAUAGUCGCCUACCUCCUCACCUUAUUGCACUUGACUCCACGAUACCUGGAUUUUUUGAUGACAUUGGGUAUCUGGAUCUCUUGCCGUGUCGUCCCUUUGACACAGUUUUUAUUUUCUAUAUGAAACCAGGUCAGAAAACAAACCAGGAGAUUUUAAAGAAUGUGGAAUCUUCCAGAAAUGUUCAGCCACAUUUCCUAGAAUUUUUGCUCUCCCUUGGUUGGUCGGUAGAUGUGGGCAAACACCCCGGUUGGACUGGGCAUGUUUCCACCAGUUGGUCUAUUAACAGUUGUGAUGACGGUGAAGGACCUGAACAAGAUGAAGUGAUUUCUUCUGAAGACAUUGGGGCUAGCAUUUUCAAUGGACAGAAGAAGGUGCUGUAUUAUGCCGAUGCCCUUACGGAAAUAGCUUUUGUAGUUCCUUCUCCUGUGGAAUCCUUAACUGAUUCAUUGGAAAGUAACAUCUCGGACCAAGAUAGUGAUUCAAAUAUGGAUCUUAUGCCUGGGAUCCUGAAACAGCCAUCCCUGACACUUGAGCUUUUUCCUAAUCACACUGACAAUCUUAAUUCCUCACAGCGGCUUAGUCCCAGUUCCAGAAUGAAGAAGUUGCCUCAGGGUCGUCCUGUGCCUCCUCUUGGACCUGAGACCAGAGUUUCUGUAGUCUGGGUGGAGCGCUAUGAUGAUAUAGAAAACUUUCCCCUUUCAGACCUACUGACGGAGAUCAGUACUGGUGUGGAGACCACUGCAAAUAGUAGCACUUCUCUGAGAUCUACGACUCUUGAAAAAGAAGUUCCUGUCAUCUUUAUCCACCCUUUAAACACUGGAUUAUUCCGGAUAAAAAUUCAAGGAGCCACUGGAAAAUUUAACAUGGUCAUCCCUCUUGUGGAUGGGAUGAUUGUCAGCAGACGAGCCCUUGGUUUUCUGGUGAGGCAGACUGUAAUUAAUAUUUGUAGAAGAAAGAGACUGGAGAGUGACUCCUACAGCCCACCACAUGUCCGCCGGAAACAGAAAAUCACUGACAUUGUCAACAAGUACCGGAACAAGCAGUUGGAGCCAGAGUUUUAUACUUCACUUUUCCAGGAGGUUGGACUCAAGAACUGCACUUCUUAGACCCUCUCUGUCUAGGACUGUUGAACUCCAGUUUGGGGCUAUGAUACCAGAGCAAAACAAUUGGAUAGGUGAUCACUGUAAAAAGAAAAAUCACUCCCCAAGAGCUUACUGUUUAAUCACCAGAAUAGAAGAAACACAUUAUAAACCCAUUUGAUAGAAGACUUCCGGCUUUCUAGUGAAAUGGGCACCCAGACACAAUCAUAUUCCUCCUGGUAAUGAUGAUAUACAUUUUAGCCAUAAACUUUCUUUUAAAAGUGACAAUUUUAGUUAAACAAAAGCCUUUUGCGGAGAAGGGCUUUAUGCAUCUCAGUUAAACACGUGCAUUGGUAGUAUCAAAUUUGCCAAUUAGCAGUUGAAGAUAGUUUUAUACUUCGCUUUUUAGGAGGUUGUGUUCAGAAUUAAAAUCUGUCUCAGAAUCUUCCAGGACAUUUAAAGACUCAUGUUGAUGAUAGCAUGGAGGAGAAGGAAAGAAAUCUCAGCUUUCUGCUCACUCGUAAGUCCAUUUGUCGUCCAGAUGUCCCAGCUGACAGAAACAAGCGUAAAUGUGUUUGUUUAGAUAAGAAGCCUGACAUUAAAAUAUUUCAUGUUUCCUCUCCACAUUUCACAAAGUUAUCAUCCUCAUUACUGCACAGGUCUGUCUGAAGGCCGCAGUUUCUGGGCAGCCUAGGAGCAGAUCUAAAAUGGAGGCAUGGCCCUCCCUUAACAGGGACACAGGUGGCAUUUGUGGGGUUAAGAGUUGUAAGACAGCAGUGAUGCCUCCACUCUCUCCACUGUUGUGCGACUUGGGGACAAAAUGACAGGCUAAGCAUUCGUGAUCCUUUGGUAAUUUCUUGGUUCAGUUUUGAGAAAUGUAAAUUCGUAGCAAGGGUGGAAAAUUACUUGGUUUCAUCCAUUGUCUCUUAUUUCAGGACCAAGCAGGAAACUGCAGUAGUUUAUGAAGGAUUCUAAUUUGGGGUUCAGGAAAUAGCCUCUCAACGCUACUAAUUCAGAUCUCUCCCAGAGAGCUGCUGGAUUUCAUCAUAAUUGACAAACAUUAGUGACCACCCCCUCAGGUGGCCGCUGUUAGAAAUGGCUGUUGUUGUCAUAUUUUCCAGACUUCUGCCAACUGAAGGCACAACAAAUCCCUGCCCGGGUUUUGGAAAUACUUCUGUUACCUCGCUGCUACUUUUCUGCCAGGGAUAAUAAAUGUUUUGAGGUGGCCAGACCCAGAACAUCCUUCCAAGGAUUCCUGUUACAGAGCUAGAGUGUGCACUGCUCAUUUCUCCUAUUCCUCUGUGCUUUCUUCUUUAUUAAGAUUAUCUUAUGUUAAGAAAGUAAGUGACACGUAAAGUCCAAAGAGGAGUGAUCACAGCUGUGUUAGGGGCGGCUUCCCACUUGAACUCUGGUGUCAGUAGACUCUACAGGUCAGGGCUGCAGCGGUGUGUUUGGCGUGACGUUUGGGGAGUUAAUUAAAUGGUGGGGGAUAGCGGAGGGCCUAAUUCCCGGUGAUAGUUCUGUUCCAAAAGUAUGUAUUUUGUCAUCUGUGAGCAAGAAAUGUGGGUGUCCUAGCAGCUCUUGGUUUUAAGUUUGCUGCACCUUUUUCUUCAUGUUUGUUUUAAGCUCAGGUAAAGGUUACCUCCUCCUUCUAUGACUCCAGUUUCCAUUCAGGGUAUUAUAUUAUUGAAGAACUGAUUUUCUUUUUAAUCUGGGCAAUAAGUCAAUGUUUCCAGAUGGUAGCAUGGUGGGGGGGGGGGGGGUUGUAUGAUUAAGAUGAAUAAACUCUACCCUAAAAAUGUUUUAUUAACUCAGCAGAUAUAAGGUGAGGUUUAACAACUUCCAUGGAAAUUCCAGAUUGGCAUUUCAAGGGAAAAAUGGGCCCUUUUCCUAGUGGACAUGAACAAAGAAGGCUUAGAUUGAUAUGCAACUUGUAACAUUCCAGAGGUUAAAAAUAACUGAUUGUAGGUGUGCUUCCUUGGUGUGAUUCUUCAGAUAAAACUCCUGCCUUUAGCAUAGUUUCACUGUCAGCAAAACACACGGUGACGUGUGUGCUGGGGUAGGCUGCCUGAUCCUUCAGUUUGCUCUAGUUUCUGGCAACUCUGUAAUUCUCAUGGCUUUGGUAAGUGAAUGUGUGGAAUGCGGUUUGUAGUCUGGAAGACUUUGUGAUCGAUCUCUCCCAGGGAAGGAGGGAUAGUUUCAGAGCUGUGCAGCCCCCGAAGGCAUGAAACCCCAUUGUGUACAGCACAAACAAAACAUAGGGUACAUAUACCUCGUGAGGUGCUCUUUUCCUUCUGCUCAAGAUAACAUUGACCUAAAAAAAGGGAGUGUGGUCAGAACCCUUGGAACCUUCCACUAGUAUGGGUUUGAGUUCAUGGCGACUGAGUUCACCCAACUGCCCUUGUUAAAAAUCACUUUGAGUUGAAUGAUGCCAGAGGAGCAGAUCCAGUCCCUAGUAAUAACCUUGAGUAGUCCACUUGAUAAAGUUGCCCGCAUGUAUUCAUAACCUUCGAAGGGAAGCCAGGACCACUUUGGUCUGUGGCUUAAACAGUGUAGUUGCUGCAUUGACAGGUGUUGGGGGGGGGGGGGGGAAGGGGUGAGCGUGCCAUUUGGUGACAAUGACAGCAUUAAUUACCCAAGGGACAGAGACACGUAGCCCCUCAUAGUACUUUUUCCCAUUAGGGAGGUGGGGGCUUUCCCCCUCUUUUCUGGUUGAGAGCACUGAUGACAGGAGGCUUUGCCUUUUCUUGUUCAGCAACUCCUGCUUUUGUCCUGUGCUUCCCCCUAAGACUUCCUCCCACCUAGCCUUGGCCUUGUGAAAGGAAUAGCUGCGUGGCGGGUUGCCCUACCACGUACACCCAUGCUCCUUGUUGCCCUCCAUUUCCAGGCCCUCGAUUUCAGGGCAGCCCAUUCUCCUCUGGACUCACUUAAAAUACAAAAACACCCAACCCCACAUCUUUGGCCAGUAAUGUCAGUUGUCCAUGGGUUGCGUGUAUGAAGCCUUUGUAAAUGGUUACUUUCUACAUGCUCUGGGGAAGCAUUUGUCGGGCUCUGCACAGUGAUUUUGAGAGGGACGGAGUCUUCGAGAGUAUUUCUGUUGGAAGGUGGAGCUUUACCCAAAGUGGGAAUCCGCCUUGCUCAAAGCUGGGUGGCAGACGGGACACUCCCAGCAGUGGUUCUCCAUUCAGCAUUUUUAAACCCGUUCAGGUUAUAUCGUCCUAAAAAGAAUUGGUUUCUGUGUUUACAUGAAACAGUAGGUUGAAUUUCGAUGAUCUGUUUUAAGGAUUUUCAUGACAGCCUCUUUUCCUGAGAUGGAGAGAUUGGAGGUAAUCCACCCGCUAAAUGUGGAAUCUAACUGUGGGUUCUCGGUAGCUGAAGAAGCCAUGUACUAUAUAGUGUGUUUCUCAGAGUAUCAGCUCACAUUCUUCAGAUGCUUUUCUUUUUUUGAUGGUGAGGGAAAAGGUGUGAUUUGGGAUUCCACAGUGCCUUGCAUAUAGUAGGCGCCCAAUAAUUAUUUGUUGAAGCAAACCAAGUUUCCCAAGUCCUUGCCUCUUGCAGUGACCAAGAACAUCUUUCUCCUCUGAAGGGCUUGGCAGUUGUGGCUAAAAAAUAAGCAGUAUCAUUAUUUGCUUGAAAUCAUAUAUACGAUUUGUAUGAAUUUCUGUAUGCUGCCAAGACAUGAUCUUUUUCUUAUUGUAUUUUCUGUAAAUAUUUCUGGCACUGAACUGUAAAGUAAAGGCAAAAUGUAAAUACGAAGGUGUACCCGUGUCCCCUCGCCUCCUGUGUUUUCUCUUCGUCAGUUAGGGAAGAAGGCCCAGAGGCUUGUUUGUAUUUAUGCCGAUCCUUUGUCCAGAAGAAACCCAUGGAAUAUUGAAUGUAAUACAUUUAGUCAAUUAAAUUUUAAGGAGAUUCUUAUCUAAUAA